UCCAGUUUGGCGGAGGAGAAGUUUGUGUAGCUUCGACAAACUCUACACACCACAGGCGGGGGUAGCAAAUAGAGCUAAGAAGAAACAGGACUGUUAAUAACUUUUGGGGGGACUGUAAUAUCAACAUGACAUUAUUUCCAAUGUUAUCUAAAGUGCCAUUAUAAUUAAUAUUGUUGUUCUUGUUGUUUUUUUUUUUUUAAGUAGCGACCAGAGCGAAGUGGAUUUAUAUCCUUGACGUUACAAUUAACGGGUUUUAUUACUGCGCUGUUGUUUCUCUCUGGUUGGGCGUUUGCUUCCCGUAAUUAAUGAAUAGGGCCAUAUCGCUUUCAAGUGUCUCGUAUCUGCCAUCGGGCGGUCUCGCAUGAACUGCGUAGAGGCAGCGAAGAGGGGGGUCGGAGGCUCCGUCAGCAGAGCCGGGCUUCAGGAUGAAGAUGCCUCGGGGAGGACGCCUGUUUCUGGCGACGUGCCUCGGCUCGCUGUUCGUUCUCGUGCUGUACUUUCAGAGCAUCACUAAACCAGCAGAAGCUGGUUUGAAGGCUGUCACCAGACCAGGAAAAAGCAGGACAAGUCCGCUGCAGACACUUUAUAAUGGAGACCAGCAGCUGGAGCUGUUGGCAGCUCACAAGUCCCUCCAAGGCCGCAGGGAGCUGCUGGAGCAGGCAUGUCUGAGCCACACGAGGAAGCGCCGCGUGCUCUCGCCCGAGGAUCUCAAACACCUCAUUGUUGACGACAUGCACGGCCUUAUUUACUGCUAUGUACCCAAGGUAGCCUGCACUAACUGGAAGCGUGUCCUCAUGGUCCUCACCAGCGACGGCCGCUACACCGACCCCCUCGCCAUCCCCGCUAAUGAGGCCCACGUCGCAGGUAACCUCCGCACGCUUUCGGAGUUCUCGGUCGCGGAGAUCAACCAGCGCCUUCGCAGCUACCUCAAGUUCAUCUUUGUGCGGGAGCCCUUUGAGCGGCUGGUGUCAGCCUACAGAAACAAAUUCACGCGCAGGUACAACACUGCCUUCCACAAACGCUACGGAACUAAAAUCAUCCGCCGGCACAGGCCCAACGCCAAGCCGGAAGCCCUCGAGAAAGGAGAUGAUGUGACUUUCCCUGAGUUUGUCCAGUAUCUUGUGGACCCUCGGACGCAACGGGAGGAACCUUUCAACGAGCACUGGGAGCGGGUGCACUCCCUCUGCCACCCCUGCCUGAUCCACUACGACGUGGUGGGGAAAUACGAGACUCUGGAGCCCGAUGCUCAGGCCGUGCUCAGAUUGGCCGGAGUGGAGGGGAUGCUUCAAUUUCCAACGUCCGGCAAGACGACCAGGACAGACGGCCACAUGGCGGGGCGUUACUUUAAGCACAUCAGUCCUUUCUAUCAGAAAAAACUGUUCAAUCUGUAUCGCAUGGACUUCAUGCUCUUCAACUACUCCACACCAGAGUAUCUCAGGACUUGAUGAGCAUCACUUGUCCUUUCAGGCACUUUUGUGUCGCUCCCUGCCUCGGAGUGGUCCACCACAAGCAGAGACUUGACACUGGGACUCUCCAAGGAAAACAGUUAACGGCUGUGGAGAGUGACUGGAUUUUCUGGUUUCAGUAAGUGAAACUAAAAACUGCCUAAGAAGACAGAUGGUGUGUGUGCUGUGAUCUACUGAGUGAGGAUGGAGUUUGUCUUUAGCACAGCAGACUGCAGGUGACACAUCAUCUCUUUAUAAACAGAUCCUUUUUGUGUUUGUUGCAAUUUCUUGCCAAAGUUUUGCUUCAUCAAAAUUAGCAAGCCUUGCUUUGACUUUAGUUUGAGAGUUGUAGAGCUGGUGAAAUGUGCCUCAUCAGCAUUUUUCUGCAGCUCUCGCUACAGAUUUCUUUUCUUUGUUUUUGCAUCUUCUGAGAGGUAGUGAGCCAGAAAUGAAACUUGAGAGGAGCAGGUUCUCUUCUCACAGGUAAAUGUGCUGACUGUGAAACUGAGCACAGUGUUGCCGUCUCUUAGGAAGGCUUUUAUUUAUGUCAGUAUUUAUUGUUUUGGAGAGCAAGGAUGUCGGGCUCAUUUUUUUUUCCCAGAGGAAAUGAUUUUCUUUUCUUAAAGAACAAAAGGCUUUUCCCUUUCAGAGUCAAUAUCUUUUUGCCAUGUCAGCUUUUGCACAUUAACCGAUGCUAUAACAGGAAACCGUCAGAGCGUACCACAUCAGCCUCCUGCUUUAAAACUGCACAAAUCUCGCAGCUCUCGUUCACACCGGCUCCCACAGAUCCCAGAGUGAUUUCCAGUCGUAGACGCUCCCUCAUUCCAGUAAAAGUGUGUUGCCGUCCCUCAUCUAUCGUGUGCCUGUAUUUAGCUCUGAGCAGGUAGGCUGAACAAACAACCACAUAGCUGUGGUCAGGGCUGCGUCCAGCCCAGGACUAGCCCUGGUCAGAGCUCCCCUUGUUGGGCUGUAGGCAAGCACACCAAGGUUUAAUCCAACUACGGUCACCGAACAGGCCUCGUUCAGUAAAUAUGAUCAAUACACUGUUUGACCUUCAUUAACUCUUUGAAGACAAAAUAUGCAUUCAAGAUGGACUUGAAAUAUUUGCCAAAGAUAAAAAUAACUUGUUUAAAAUUCAUAUUACCUCAGAUAUUUCCUUGCAAGCACUAUAAGUGAGAGACAGUUUGUAUACCCAUACAUAUCUUUUUAUAUCCCAGCGUCCACUUAAAUUAUAGGAAGAUUAGAUUAUGCUUUAAAAAUAACUCCCAAAGGCAUUUCAAGGUGCCUUUAACCAACAAUAAUUGGGCACAAGAUAAGAGAUUUGGAUCUCUCUUAGACGAAUAAACUGAAAUCAAACCAAACAGUGCUUUGAUUCCUUACAAUAAUCUGAAUAUCUCAGUGCUACAGUUUAUCAAGAUUAAGAGCUGGGAUUACUUAGUCUUUGUAGAUAUUUGAGACAUGAUCUCAAAACAACAGAUGCGAACGUUUCCAUAAAAAACACACCCACAGUUUGCUGUGUACACUGAAGCUUUGGCUGUUUAUUCUUAUCUGCACAUCCUUCUGUUUCUUUUAUAAAGUAUGUUUAAUUUAGUCAGACACGUGCCAACCUUUAUUAUUUUCCUGUAAUUACGCUUUGAAAAGUGCAAUAUUAGUACGUGUUAAAAGUUGUCUUUAUUCAAGCCUUAAUUUUGUGCCAUAUUUUAUUUUUCUAUUCCAGCCAUGGAUUACAGGGUGUUCCUUUCCAAUGCUUUCCUGCAUAGCAGUUUGUAAUUUAAGUCGUAAUUUGUAAGAAGCUGCAACUUGGCAAAACCUGAUUACACACUUUAUUUUUUUCUUCUGUUUUAUGAUCUACUGCACAAAAUGUAUGUUUCACCUUUUAAUUUAGAAUCUGCUAAGUUUUCAUCUCAGAUGCCCUGACGCUGCUGUGUGGGACACAGCUAGCCAAAGAAAACCAUUUUCUGUAGAAAUGUUCUUUGAGUCAGAUCUUUGUCAUGGUGAGUCAUUGUGAAACGGCAAACAGAGCACAAUCUGAAAGAAUCUCUCAUGCACUUGUGACACCAAGCUGUGAAUCUGAUAACUGAAGUGCACUUGCUGAUGUGAUAGUGAAUGACUGGUUACCUUGAAGUUUUAAAAAAAAUAUAAACCCACAAUGACAGC